CCCUGGCGGAAGUCCCCAGUUUUUGUGAGACUCAGUUUCCCCAAGUUCCAAAAAGGGACGAUAAUUCCAGACCCAUCUGCUUCCCAUGGUUAGGGAUCAUCCAUGUAAGAUGCCACUGAAAGCCCGAGGAACACAGUCUUUCACACCAGAUUGGGAAACCCCCCGCCCCAACUGCAAGCCUCCUGCUGACUCUCCCCGACCCACGCUGGGGGAGCCUGGUUAUCUCCCCCUCCUGACACCCGGGUGGGGCUCAUUGUUUAUCUGUAAGAGUUCUGGCUCACUUCCUGUGUGCUGUGUGGAGAGGAGGGGGUGAAACGAGGUCACGCUGACACUUAACCUGAAAGUCCCAGGUGCUGGACCUGAAGGUGCUUUACCUGUUGCUCUAUUUUCUGUUAUUCCCCAUGAGCCAGGAAGGUAUGCACUGAUAUUCCCAUUUCGCAGAUAAGGAAACCGAGGCUGAGAGAGGUUAAUCACCCUUUAGGGUGCCCCCAUGCAAAGCAUGAGACUUGGUGGUCCACCUGGGAACCCUAUGGAGGAAACUGGCUUUGGAGAUGGCACCCCCCACCCCAAGCCCAUUUGAAAGGGAGGGUCAUUCCUGGUGGGGAGAGGCCAUGAAGGAGGAGAGUGAAUGUGAGCUGGGGCCCAGGAGGGCAGGAGAGGGUGCUGCUGCCAGGGAGAGCAGGAAGGCAAAAGUGAGACCCAGGCAGGGGCUGAGGCUAGGGCCUUUUGCAGCUGCCAGUGUGGUCCUCAGAGGGCUACCCCAAGCUGGUUCUUGACAAGUGGCACCCUGGCAUGAAGGCCCAGCCCCUGCCUCUCCUCUCACUCUUCCCCCUCCCUGCAUACCCACACUGAAUUUGCAUGAAGGCCACCUCCUCUGGGGAGCCUCCCCAGAUUGAACACUGGUGGAGCACCUGCCACUUCCUAUUGACAUGCACAUCUGUGGCGCUGUGCCCCCUCCCACCCCAGCCCACUGUGCACCCAGCACCAGCACACGGCUCGGGCCUGACACACAGCAAGGACUCUGGAAACCAGGAAGGAUGCCUCAGGCAGAGAGGGAGAAAAGCUAUGAACAUUCAGACCUGAGAUGACUGGGCCCUAUAGCAGGUGGAGAGGGAGCAGGGAGGAAGAGCUGCAGGGCCCCCCAGGGGCCCAGGGACAGGAAAUUGGCAAAGGUGUGUCUUAAACAUCUAGCCUGGGCAAGCACGAAUGGAGCUGAUUCCUGGACACUUACUAUGGGCCAGGUGCCAGGCCUGGGCCUUGGCGCAAUGGUAGAACCAAUGACAGAGGCAAGAAGUCCAGCAGUAACACCAAGAGUAUCUGGAAACCCAGCAGCUGGGGUUCAGGGGACCCCACCAUUCUGUCAUAUCGUGCCCUCCAGGGGACCUGUAGCAGGCAGAUAAAGAGCUUGGCCCAGGCGCAACCCCACCCUGUCAGGCUCCCAGGUCAGUCCCCGAGGGCAAACGGAGAGGGCCUCAGCCACAGGCCUGGCAGCCCUGGAGGCAGCCAGGGGGCAGACCCGGACCAGUGGACCCUAAGGCCACAGGAGACCGGGCUCCUGCACAGAGGGGAAGGAAGGGCCCGUCCCCAGACUAGUGCACACAGAGCUCCCAGGGAGCAGGAGCAGCCAGCGCCUGUCACCUGCAACUCUGCAUCUCAGGGGCCCUCAGGAAGUGCCUGCUCAGCCUCAGUUUAGAGCAGAGGAAACCAUGGGGUGGGAGGGGAGGAGGGAGGUAGUGGAGGGGGAAGCUGGAGUUCCUGUCACGUGAGCCCUCCCCUGGACUCCCUCACCGCCCUGCCUGCCUUGGCAGGAGCCGUCCGAGGAGGGGACUCCUCCAGGGACUUGGUCCCUUGGUCCCCAGAUGGGGAGACUGAGGCCAGAGCUGUGUGUCCCUCUGAGAGUUGCAGCAGGACUGAGUCCGGAUUCGACCACACCAAGAUUCUCUCUCCUCAUUUCUGAGCCCUGGAGGCGGCCAGGCAACAGACCCGGGCAAGUGGACCCUCCGGUCGCAGGAGACCAGGCCCUGACACCGGUGCGGAGGGGAAGGAAGGGCCCGCCCCCAGCCCAGCGCGCACAGAGGCCAGGGCCAAGGCCUUGCGACUCAUCCACCCGGGGCCCCACAUCCCCCCCACCCGCAGCCCCGCGCCCCAGCCUCCACCCGCGCCCGCCGAGAUGCUGCGGCCACAGUCGGUGCCGUCGGAACGAGGCCCUGGGGUGCCGGAGCCCGAGGAGCUGUGGGAGGCGGAGAUGGAGCGGCUGCGAUGUUCCGGGGCGCCAGUGCGCGGGCUGCCCUAUGCCAUGAUGGAUAAGCGCCUCAUCUGGCGGCUGCGUGAGCCCGCGGGAAAGCAGACCUUGCGCUGGCAGCGGUGGCAGCGCCGGCGGCAGACGGUGGAAAGGCGCCUGCGGGAGGCCGCACAGCGGCUGGCCCGGGGCCUUGGGCUCUGGGAGGGGGCUCUCUACGAGAUCGGGGGCCUCUUCGGCACCGGAAUCCAGUCCUACUUCACCUUCCUCCGCUUCCUGCUACUCCUCAACCUGCUGAGCCUGCUGCCCACCGCGAGCUUCGUGCUGCUACCCCUGGCCUGGCUCAGCCCCCCUGACCCAGGCCCUGCCCUGAACUUAACCCUCCAGUGCCCCGGAAGCAGCCAGUCCCAGACGGGCAUUUUGAAGUUCCACAAUCAAGUUUGGCAUGUUUUAACUGGCAGAGCCCUCACCAACACCUACCUCUUCUAUGGAGCUUACCGGCUGGGGCCUGAGAGCAGCUCAGUGUACAGUAUCCGCCUGGCCUACCUCCUCAGCCCACUGGCCUGCCUGCUCCUCUGCUUCUGUGGAACUCUUCAGCGGAUGGUGAAGGGGCUGCCACAGAAGACUCUGCUGGGUCAGGACUACAAGGUGCCUCUCAGCAGCAAGGUCUUCUCCUCCUGGGACUUCUGCAUCCGGGUGCAGGAAGCGGCCACCAUCAAGAAGCAUGAGAUCCGAAAUGAGUUCAAGGUGGAGCUGGAGGAGGGCCGUCACUUCCAGCUGAUGCAGCAACAGACCCGGGCCCAGAGGGUCUGCCACCUGCUCUCCUACCUGCGAGUCAACUUACUCAUUGGGCUCCUGGUGGUUGGGGCCAUCAGCGCCAUCUUCUGGGCUACCAAGUACUCACAGGACAACAAGGAGGAGUCCCUGUUUCUGCUGCUCCAGUACCUGCCCCCUGGGGUCAUCGCCCUGGUCAACUUCCUGGGUCCCCUGCUGUUCACAUUCCUGGUCCAGCUGGAGAACUACCCUCCCAACACCGAGGUCAACCUCACCCUGAUCUGGUGCGUGGUACUGAAGCUGGCCAGCUUGGGGAUGUUCUUCUUCUCUCUGGGUCAGACCAUACUGUGCAUUGGCAGAGACAAGACCAGCUGUGAGUCCUACGGCUACAACGCUUGUGACUAUCAGUGCUGGGAGAACUCCGUAGGGGAGGAGCUGUACAAGCUGAGUAUCUUCAACUUCCUCCUCACCGCGGCCUUCGCCUUCCUGGUCACCUUGCCUCGGAGGCUGCUGGUGGACCGGUUCUCAGGCCGGUUCUGGGCCUGGCUGGACCGGGAGGAGUUCCUGGUGCCCAAGAAUGUGCUGGACAUCGUGGCGGCGCAGACGGUCACCUGGAUGGGUCUCUUCUACUGCCCCCUGCUGCCCCUGCUGAAUAGCAUCUUCCUCUUCCUCACCUUCUACAUCAAGAAGUACACCCUCCUGAAGAACUCCAGGGCGUCUUUGCGGCCCUUCCGAGCCUCCAGCUCCACUUUCUUCUUCCAGCUGGUGCUCCUCCUGGGCCUGCUUCUGGCCGUGGUGCCCCUGGGCUAUGUGGUCAGCAGCAUCCACUCUUCCUUGGACUGUGGCCUCUUCACUAACUAUUCAGCCCCCUGGCAAGUGGUCCCAGAGCUGGUGGCCCUUGGACUCCCGCCCCUUGGCCAGCGUGCCCUCCACUACCUGGGCUCCCACGCCUUCAGCUUCCCGCUCCUCAUCAUGCUCAGCCUUGUCCUGACCGUGUGCAUCUCCCAGACCCAGGCCAAUGCAAGGGCCAUCCACAGGCUUCGGAAGCAGCUCGUGUGGGUUCAGGAGAAGUGGCACCUGGUGGAGGACCUGUCGAGACUGCUCCCGGAGCCAGGCCGGAGGGACUCUCUGGGCCCGGAGUCCCCUGCUUCCCGAGCUUCGCGCCCACGGUCCUUCUGCCCGGGAUUCCCGUGCCCUGGCUCCCCGGGACCUCGGGACCCGCGGCCGGGCUCCUCCGCCGUGAAUGCCCUGGGGCUGCGCUCCCCUUGCCCUGGACCACAUGGUACCCCGGCCUCCACCCAUAGAGCCCGCUUCCCCAGCGGCCCGGAGCUAUAAACCCGACCCCCGUCCCCGAGGCCUCCCUGGGACCCUUUCCAGGCCUCCUUACUCCACCUUCCAGGACCCUGGUGACCACCGACCCCUCAUUGGCUCCAGGGCCUCCCUCAGGGGUCCCCAAAGAUGGACACAUACCCCCAGGGGCAUCAGGAAGAACAUAUGGGAAUAUUCUAUCUGUAUUUUUAUCUCAUCCCUUUAAAAUAUCUAUUUUUAUUGCAUAUUUUAUAAUAUACGUAAUCUAUUAGUAUAGUGUCUCGUGAAUGCAAUUUUUUUUUUAGUGUUCUGAUUUUUUUUAGAGCCGUGAGUGCAGUUUAUACUCAUCUAUUGGGAAUGCCUGGAAGUUGUUUACUGAUGGGAGUGCCAUCAGAAGAGUUUGGGGACCACCUCCUAAGGAUGGGAAAAGCUGGCCACAGUUAGAGCAAGCCUGUCUGGGGGACCUGCUCUGUGUUCCAGCUGCAAACUGUCUGCAUCAUCCCCUCCUGUUACUCUUCCUUCACAUGAGACAGUCGAGAUCACAGCAUCAGCCAGGGCCAGAGCUGGGAUUUGAACCCAGGCACUCGGGCUCGAGAGCCACACUGCCCCAGCGUGGGGCUUACAGGCUGCUCCUGGCCCUAACUGAGCGUCCAGCUGAAGCCUGGAGAGCGGGUGCUGGGCCAGCCUCUCCCUGGCGGGAAUCCUCUCCAACCAGUCUAACCCAGCAGCCUCAGGUCCACAGAGCUGCCUUGGGAAACUCAGCAGAGCCCUGGCUCCCUUUUCUUCCAGCCUGCUUCACCGUUCCCUGGUUGAGCCAAGCUUGCAGAUCCGUGGGGUGAAGGUACCCGCACUGCCUGGGCCUUAGUGCUAUGUACGGGCCUGCAAUGUAAGGGAUACCGAGUGUGAGCAGCAGGCGGGGCCCAUGCAGGUGAGGCAGCUGGCAGCAAGGGCAGGGCUAGGACCCCCUCCCAAGGCUGUGUCUGACAUUCUUGAGCCCGUUCAGGGUUCCUUUUCCAAGCCUCCCGCCCUCCCGCCCCCACCCCUGCCAUGCCGCAGUGACUCUAAACGUGUGGCUGUCAGCCUUGGAGAAGCUGCUGUAAGCUGGCUGCAUCCCAGCGACUCUGAUGUGGUUGGUCUGGGUGUGGCCAACAGCCAGGGCAUCGGGACUUUUCGAAGCUCCCAGGUGACUUACAGACAUCUGGGGCUGAGAACUGUCAGGAGGGAAAGUCAGAAGUCCCAGGACGUACCUGAAAAGCCUCUAGCUCCACCAGUGACCAGCUCCUGGCCGGACUCUUGGCCUGGACUCAGCACCUGAGAGGCCUCUUCACCCUCAGGGCUGGGGGCUUCUUCACGUGGUCAUCAAAGACUUGACCAGUUCCGCCUCUCCGGCUGCUGUCCUCAUCCCACCCAGAGUCACAUGACCCAUCAGUUCACCAACAAACACGAUGAAGCGCUGCCAGUGCCGGAUUCUGUUCUGGGCACUGGCAAUGAGGCCAAGAGGGAAGCAGGGAGCUCUGGGUUCCGUCUGGGGGGCGACAAGCCUGGACCAGAUAAAAGUGACUCAUGUUGUUAAUUAGCAGCUUAGGCCCAAAGGUGGCCCCUGGACCAGUGGCCUCAGCACCACCUGGGAAAAGGUUAGAAAUGCAAAUUCCCAGGCCCCACCUCGGCCUCCUGAAUCACAGUAUCCCUUUGGCAAAACAUACUGAGAAACAACCACGUGCAUCGCCCAGCGCUGUGAGGAAGACCCACUUUGAGACCUCGAAGGAAUCAUGAAACUCCGGGCCUCUGUGUACUCACCCAGGGAGUGAUGAAGAUGCCAUGCUCCCCCACAUGGCCUCCAAGAUUAAGUGAGCAAUGACUU